GCCGUUCCUAGAUAGAUGAAAUCAGUUAAAUUACUAGAAUCCAUAAAAUCAAUCAAUUGUACUACAAAUAUGUUCAAUUUAUGAAUAAUAUAGUAGGGGCAGGAGUUGGAAAGGCUAUUGCCAGUUCUCACACUUCAGAUUAGUAUUGACAGUGUGUCAGCGGAACAAAAUUAUUUUAUAGGUGUUAAUAACAAUAAUUUCGGGUUUCGGAAGUUUGUAGCAGACUUUAGAACUCAAGAACAACAACCAAACGUAAUUCUAAAACUGUUGGCUAACCUGUAAUUUGACAUAUUUCGAACCAAAUUUUGUAGUGUCUAUUUUUUACUGAUGGUGCGACUGAUUGUUGAUGAUAAAGCGAAAAUUUUGAGGUUGUGUACAUUUUGACUAACCGCUUGUCCUAUCAGUUUUUUGUAUAUUAAGAGAAAUGUCUUCAAGGUACGAUCGAGCUAUUACUGUAUUUUCUCCUGAUGGGCACCUGUUGCAAGUCGAAUAUGCACAAGAAGCCGUUCGAAAAGGAUCCACUGCGGUUGGCGUAAGAGGUACAAACGCUGUAGUAUUAGGCGUAGAAAAAAAAUCAGUUGCUAAACUUCAAGAAGAGCGCACAGUUAAAAAAAUAUGUAUUUUGGAUGACCAUGUUGUUAUGGCCUUUGCGGGUUUGACUGCGGACGCCAGAAUAUUAAUAAAUCGUGCCCAGAUUGAAUGUCAAAGUCACAAAUUGACUGUUGAAGAUCCUGUAACUUUAGAGUACAUUACUAGAUAUAUAGCCUCACUAAAACAGAAAUAUACCCAAAGCAAUGGAAGAAGACCUUUUGGAAUAUCUUGCCUUAUUGGUGGAUUUGAUGAUGAUGGAAAACCUCAUCUUUAUCAAACCGAGCCCUCUGGAAUAUACUAUGAAUGGAGAGCAAAUGCAACAGGUCGAUCUGCCAAGACUGUUAGAGAAUUUCUUGAAAAGUUUUACACAUCUGAAGAAGUGGAAAACGAAAAGGGUACUGUGAAACUAGCAAUUCGAGCUUUAUUAGAAGUUGUACAAUCGGGGCAAAAGAAUUUAGAAAUUGCCGUUAUGCGACAUGGCGAACCAGUAGAAAUGUUAGAUGGGGACACAAUCGAGAAAUAUGUAACAGAAAUUGAAAAAGAGAAGGAAGAAGAGGCUGAAAAGAAGAAGGCUAAAAAGUGAAAAAGUUGUUGAACUUUAGUGUA